AUGGCGAGUGGUGAUGGUGGAAAGGUGUCGUUCAAGGUCACUCUCACCUCCGAUCCCAAGCUGCCCUUCAAAGUGUUCAGCGUUCCAGAGGGAGCCCCUUUUACUGCUGUUCUCAAAUUCACCGCCGAAGAAUUCAAAGUCCCUCCCCAGACCAGCGCUAUCAUCACCAACGAUGGUGUUGGAAUCAAUCCUCAGCAAAGUGCAGGCAACGUCUUCCUAAAACAUGGUUCGGAACUACGCCUGAUUCCUCGUGAUAGGGUCGGUGCUUCUUCGAUGUUGUUUUAG